CCAUUCAGUUUUUAUAUGAAGGGGAAAUCAUUGAGUUAACUCCAUAGUUACUCCUUGAUUAUGGUUUUCUCUAUCAAUUAAUUUUUACAAAAAUGGCAGAUACUGAUCUUGUUGGAAGAAAGUUUGCCAUAGCUGUCUUAGAAAGCAUGCCUCCCAACUACAUUGAGGCAUUGAUUCAGAGCAAGGCCCCUGAAUGGAAGGGUAGAUAUUUGCUUCUGGCACAGCACAAAAUUAUUUUAAGAAGAAGGAGCAGUUUACCGCCUCUCUACAGAGACGCUCAGGCCUGGCCAUCCACUACUCAAUCCCUCACAAAACAACUCAGACACUGCAGAGCUAGAACAAUGGCCCACAUGCAGAGUCAAAGAGAGAUUUCCUUCUCACCUCAGAUGAGUUACACUCAACUACUAGAUAUUUACUUUGAGGAAUAUAAAAAUGGUGAAGAUCAAUAUGAAUAUCGAGGCGUUGGAGACAAUUUGGGUGACGACCUUCCCAAUGAUGACCCAGAUGAUCCAGAGGGUAUAGCCUUUUAUGAUGAUCUUGACUCUGUUGGGUGGGAAAAUCUCGAAAACCAAAUGGAGGGAUAAUAAGUCAGACAAAGGAACAGGCAUGCCUCACUCCAAAGUGACUGUCAUGAGACAUGUUCCGCAAAAGCCGGUUACUUUUUAUCUUUCCCAAAAGAUAAAGAUGACUAACUUUU